UUUCCUGGAUGUGCCUCGGUCAUUGAUUAGUGAGGAGACGUUCAACUACUCGCUCCCCAGGGCUUGCUUUAUGGGCAAUGCAGAUUUUGAGCUUGUUAAAGAAUUUGACAGGAACAAGCUCACCCUCGAGAAGGUUGAUUUUGGAAAGUGCAAUGUAAGAGCAGACCCAAUCUUCCUUUUUUUAAAGAUUUCUUUCGAUGAUAAACAUCUUACUUUCUUCUUUUGGUGAUUGUUGUAUGCAGCAUCGUCCUUUGUCUCAAAUGCCAUAUGCAAUACUGAAGGCGGACAAGCAAUGUGAGGGUCAGAAUCAACAUCAUCCGGCAAAUAUCACUAAUAGAGCUGACAAAGCCAACACUCAAGUCAGUGUUGAGGGUGAUUUAGGCGCUGAGUUUCACGUCUCUCUGGAUGAGUGGCCGCAGCCGCUCCCUUCCUGCCAAGAGUUAGAGAUACCUUUGCACUUGAAGCCUAUAUAUGAGAAGCACAAAAAUCUCUAUACGGCAGAGUUGAAGAAUGUUGUUACCUCUUUUGGGCAGGUCCUGCAGUCAACUUUCUGCAAGCGGUUGGGUCUCAUGUUGAUGGAAGCGCACUCCAAUGCGGUGUCAAACCAUGAGCACAGGAGUGAAGGUUUUGUCGCCCCAAGAGUCAUUGCAGCAAGUGAUACGUCUCAACGUAUUUAUAAUUUUUGAUUGUUCCAUGCUAUUAUAUUAUCUGUUUUGGAUGUUUAUGGACUUUAUUAAAC